AUGACUGGAUGUCCCUUUUGGAAGAACAAAUACCAAUUUAAUUUUAGUAAAUUGGCUUUGGAAGAUGGGGCAGAUGACAAAUCACAGGAAGGCUUAAACAAGGCUAGCAAAAGUGGUCUUAUCUAUGGAGACUAUCUACACCUGGAUAAAAUAUUGAAUGCACAGGAACUUCAGAGUGAAAACAAGGGAAACAAAAUCCAUGAUGAACAUCUGUUUAUUGUGACCCAUCAAGCUUAUGAAUUAUGGUUCAAGCAGAUCCUGUGGGAACUGGAUUCUGUUCGAGUGAUAUUUCAGAAUGGUCAUGUGAGAGAUGAAAGGAAUAUGCUGAAGGUGGUUACUCGAAUGCAGAGAAUUUCAUUAAUUCUUAAAUUGCUUGUGGAACAAUUUUCUGUCCUAGAAACAAUGACAGCUCUGGAUUUCUUUGAUUUCAGAGAUUAUCUGAGUCCAGCUUCAGGAUUUCAGAGUUUACAGUUUCGAUUAUUGGAAAAUAAGAUUGGUGUUCCUCAGAAUUUGAGAGUUCCAUAUAACAGAAGGCAUUACCGGGAUAACUUCAAGGGAAAGGAAUAUGAAUUAUUGCUUAAAUCAGAACAAGAGCCAACACUACUGCAGCUAGUUGAAGCAUGGCUGGCAAGAACACCAGGACUUGAACCAGAAGGAUUUAAUUUCUGGGGAAAAUUUGAAGCAAAUGUACUUAAUGGAUUAGAACAAGAAUAUGCAACAGUACAGGCUAAAGAAAACUCCGAGGAAAAAGAAGAUCAAUUGGCAGAACUUCAGAAGCAAAAAGAAGUACUUAUGUCAUUAUUUGAUGAAAAACUCCAUGAACACCUUCUUAGUAAAGGUGACAGAAGAUUGUCCUAUAAAGCAAUGAAAGGAGCUUUAAUGAUAUACUUCUAUAGAGAGGAACCUCGCUUCCAAAUUCCUUUUCAGCUUCUUACUUCUCUUAUGGAUAUCGAUGUGCUAAUGACUAAAUGGAGAUAUAACCAUGUGUGUAUGGUGCACAGAAUGAUUGGCAGCAAGGCUGGGACUGGAGGUUCAUCAGGCUACCAGUAUCUACGCUCAACUGUAAGUGACAGAUAUAAAGUAUUCGUUGAUUUGUUCAAUCUUUCAACUUACUUGGUGCCAAGAAGCUGGAUCCCAAAACUGAAUCCAACACUUCAUAAAUUUCUUUACACCGCAGAAUAUUGUGACAGCUCAUACUUCAGCAGUGAUGAUUCAGAUUAACAGCUGUCCUUAGACAAGUGUUACAAACCCCACGUUUUUAAUAUAUUUUUAUAUAUUGAGCUCCACUUUGAUAAUGAUGGCAUAAAAGCCUGGAAGUUGUGAAGUCAACACAUCGAGAGGUGCAGGUUUCAAAAAAACUUAUAUUGUAUAGAUUAAUAAUUUAUAUGUGUUUAUGUAUUUAUGCACAAUAUACAGUAACAUAGACUUUAAUAUA